AAGGGCAGACUUUCAGAUAUCAGUCUUUCCCUUGCUAUUCAAACGGUAUGGGAAAUAUUUCUUCGAUUGAGGAAAUAGAAUUCGGUGACAAAAUCGGAGAAGGUUCGUAUGGCGAAGUGUGGAAGGCCGUGUGGAAAGGCAAGCAAGCUGCUGCCAAACGGAUUCUACCUAUCCUUGUAGACCUCGAUGACAGUCAAAGAGAAGCCAUCUUGGCAAAGUUUAAGCAGGAAUGGGAGAUUCUUUGCAGCAUUCAGCACGAGAACAUUGUGCAGUAUUACACUGUCAUUCAUCCACCUUCUCCAGAGAGCCCCAUUAUUGUGACAGAGUUGCUGGAAUGCGAUUUGGCCAAACACAUACGGAACUCAACGACCAAACCAAAAGUUCCUUUCUCAGACAUAAUUAAAAUCAUGCUGGACGUCGCCGAAGGUUUACAUUAUAUUCAUACCCUAAAAAAACCGAUUGUACAUCGCGACUUGGCGAGCAAAAAUGUAUUGUUGACGAAACAAUUGCAUGCAAAGAUUGCAGAUUUGGGUCAGGCGAAAGCGUUCCCUCGUGGUGCAAUGUACGCGACUGCCAUGCCGGGAACACCCGUGUAUGCCGCUCCAGAGACGUAUCCCACGGGGUUGGGAGGACUACCGAGGGGCGAUAAAGCGAGAUACUCCGUCAAAAUCGAUAUCUUCUCGUUUGGAGCCAUGCUGCUGGAGAUUAUUAUUGGUCAUUUACCAGUGGGUAAUUUGCCUGACCCGGUUCUUGAAGACGGGGAAAUAGUCCCAGAGUACAUUCGCCGUCAUGAGGAUCUAGAAGAGAUGGGUCCGAGCCACCCUCUACGCAAUCUUGUUUUGCAGUGUUUGAAAAACUCUCCCGAGGAAAGGCCCAGCGCUGGUGAGAUUAAAGAAGAACUUAGCAAGGCUGUUAGCGAGACACUAUCAGAUAGUCCCUCUGAUGUUAGGGAUGUCGUUAAGUCCAUUGAUCAUUAUGAUCACAAGUUUAAGCUUGUCGUACUUGGCGAAACAGGUGUGGGUAAGACAUCUAUCGUGACCCGAUUCCUGGAUACCAACAAUGCUGACAAGGAGAUUUUGUUUACUGAUCAGAAGCUGACACAAACUGUGAUUCACCACUUCCUGAACUUACUAGAAGCUCUUCAAGAGUGCAACUCCACUCCACUACCCAAGCAAUCUGACACCACGUAUGCUCGUUUGCGCAAAGCUCAGUCCCGAAAGCGGAUCAACAAGGACAAAACAGCUGCGAUUCAAGAUGGCGCUCGCAGAACAGUCACCUCACAAUUCCUUGUUGAGUAG